AUGCAAAUGCCGCGGCUGAGGGCUGAGGAGUUAAUAGACUCUUUAAGAUGUGGUAGUGAACUGGAGAUUGCGAGUGGUCCACCGGCCGUUGUGAAACCUCCAUCCUCGCCCGUGGGAACCCUUUCUCGCCAAUGGGAAUUACCUCUCCCACACUGCCCUUCCACUCUUUGCAGGGGCAUAUUAAUUGGCAAGGGGUCUCCUUCCUUAAUCGAUUAAUGGGCUUCGAUCCAUUGUACCAUUAUCCUCAGCCAGUUUUGGUAUGAAGGUUCUUAAAUUUUAUCCAAUUGAGAAGUAAAUGUGGGACGCGGUAAAGGUCAAAGUAAACCACGAAAAAGUUACAUCCGUUGCAGAACAGCUUCAAACUACCGUGCAUUACUG